AGAAAGGAGAAUCUGUGGCGGCACGGCUGAGCAGAGCGGAGCAGGCGCAGCACGGACGCCCCAAGCCUACCCGACGAAGAAGGCCGGCGCGACCGGACAAAGAAGGCCCCUCUCCCGCCCGGCGCGCGCCUCUGCCGGUCCCGGGGACUUUCAGCGCGCUCCCCGGGGCGACUUUUUCUCUAGUCUCGGAAACCGCCCUAAUGGCUGAGGUGAAGGUGAAGGUGCAGCCGCCGGACGCGGAUCCGGUAGAAAUAGAAAACAGAAUUAUAGAAUUAUGCCACCAGUUCCCUCAUGGAAUCACAGAUCAAGUAAUUCAAAAUGAAAUGCCUCACAUAGAAGCCCAACAACGAGCAGUGGCCAUCAAUAGACUGUUGUCCAUGGGUCAGUUGGAUCUUUUAAGGAGUAAUACGGGCCUUUUAUAUAGAAUAAAGGACUCUCAGAAUGCUGGUAAAAUGAAGGGGUCUGAUAACCAAGAAAAACUAGUCUACCAAAUCAUAGAGGAUGCAGGGAAUAAAGGAAUAUGGAGCAGAGAUAUUCGAUACAAAAGUAACUUGCCAUUAACGGAGAUCAACAAAAUUCUCAAGAAUUUGGAAAGCAAAAAGCUUAUCAAAGCCGUGAAGUCUGUAGCAGCCUCCAAAAAGAAGGUUUAUAUGCUCUAUAACCUGCAACCAGACCGAUCUGUGACUGGUGGAGCCUGGUACAGUGACCAGGAUUUUGAAUCUGAAUUUGUUGAGGUGCUUAACCAACAGUGUUUCAAAUUCCUACAAACCAAGGCAGAAACAGCAAGAGACAGUAAACAGAAUCCAAUGAUUCAAAGAAACAGCUCAUUUGCUUCAUCACAUGAAGUGUGGAAGUACAUCUGUGAACUGGGCAUCAGUAAGGUAGAGUUGUCCAUGGAGGACAUUGAAACCAUCCUGAACACACUCAUUUAUGAUGGCAAAGUGGAGAUGACUAUCAUUGCUGCAAAGGAAGGCACUGUUGGCAGUGUAGAUGGACACAUGAAACUGUACAGGGCAGUCAACCCAAUCCUCCCACCUACAGGCUUAGUCCGGGCACCCUGUGGACUCUGCCCCGUUUUUGAUGACUGCCAUGAAGGUGGUGAGAUUUCACCAUCUAAUUGUAUUUACAUGACAGAAUGGCUCGAAUUUUAAUAGAGAGCUGUGAAUUUGACUUACAUUUGGCAAAUGAAUUACUUGGAGAGCAAAUAAUUCAUGGUGGAACAUCAAAUUUCCUUGCAAGCAUGCUUCUCAAUGAUGGAUACUGACUUGCUGCUAUGAAAACAUAUUUAUUUAUGAAGACAGAACACAAAGCAGAUGAAGUUUAAUAAAGUUGAAUAGGGAAGUCUCUUCUGCAGUAAGUAAAAUACCUUGAAGCUCUGGAAGACCAAGGAAAAAGAAGCCAGCAAACCUCCAUUGACAAGUACUGGAUAACAGCUAGAGUGUGAAGAUCACACUUAAAUUACUUCUUCAGGUCUUCAUUGACACUCAUCAUCAGGCUUAUUACCACCAUUUCUGUUUGUGUUUCUUGGGUUUUAUUGAGAAGAAAUUGGAGGUGGUGCAGGCAGGAACAUCCCUUUCCCACAGUUGGUUCCUCUUCUCCUCAGUGCUCUUCCAGAGGAGUACGCUGCCACACUGACUUCGCUCCCACAUGCUGUUGUCCAGGACAUGUCUCCAUCCUAAAGGGGAUAAUCUCACAAGUCCUUCAUUGUUAAGGCUGUAAAUUUCUCUGAUGGCUUGAUUGUACUGUUUACCAGAAUUUUUUCCAGAUUCUUACUUCAUGCCUAUGGUAUGACCCUCUGCCACCAGCAUCAAAUUCAAAUUUUGUAAUCUAAUGCCUAUGUGGCAUGUGAUAAGUAGAACCUUUGGAAAGUGACAGAUCGUGAGUGUAGAGUCCUCGUGAGUAGAAUUAGGACCUGUAUAGGAGAUACCCAAAGUGUUCCGUUGACCCUCUAUCAUGCGAGAGCACGGGGAAAAGAAUAAGGAAGCAGGCCCUUGUUAGACAGUAAUCUACCAGCCCACUGGACUUCCCAGCUUAGAAUCAUGAUAACUAGAUGUAU